AUGAGGACAGCGAUGACGGCGCCGGUUCAAUGCCCACUGCGCGACAACGCUGGCGAAUUACCUGUCACCAACCGGCCCAUGCUUGAGAAGACAUUCUUCAGUGUCCAGAACCCACAGCAAUCGAAAAACUACUCACGACGCGUCGAAGCGUUCGACUUGUGGAACAAAUCCUUGCCAGGAUUACUGGAUGCGUAUUUGGGCUGGUCAGAUGGGUAUCUGGAAGCCGGCGAUUAUUGUAAUUCAUUCAAAACUACAGAAGCUGUGUACAGCUGUAUAACAUGUCAAAGCAACGGUGACUCAUUCAAGUUUUGCGCGUCCUGUGACGAUGGGUUUCAUGGACAGUCGAUCCACCGUGCAUGUCAUAAGCGUGUAGACAACGGCGACGCGUGUUGCACUGGGAAGUUCAACGCUACGUGCUGCGACAAACAUGCUUCAGCCACAAAAACGACCGUGUGGUGCCACACCGUUGUGGGAUCCGUCCUUGCGAGUAUCAAACUUUCUGAUUCAUGCGUGACCUACCACGGGUCAAUGACCCAAUUCUUGGCGCGAGUUUAUGGCUUUCUUGGUGCAACCCCACUAAUGGACUCCAAGAAUGGACAACGACAUGCGUUUUCCUUUCAAAUGCUUGACUCCGGGCUACGAUUGCGCGAUAAGGGGCUGUCAUUUCAAGCUAUUUCUAGUUACUUCUUCGACGGCGACGUGUUUGGUUGUGCAAAUGAGGAUACAAUUCGACGAAAGCAAGUGUACAAGCCCAUGAUGGACACAAUUCGCGCAUAUUCUACCAUGAAGUGGCUACAGUACCACGGCCGCGUGAUCCCAUCGAUUAUGCAAUUGCACGGCGCUGGGAAAACAGAAUGCCCAUGCCUUGGCAAUCCUGGGCGCCAUAUUGGGCCUCUGAUUAUGUCGGUGGAUGGCUUUGCCUCGGCGUCGCGGAUUGGGAGCUCAUUCGGCGGAGGCGGCAACCACGGAACACCAAUCAUCUCGUCGGAAGUGUUUCUACAACCGGGCCCAGACCACGUUAAGGCAAGACGCGAGCACGGUAGCUUACCCCUCUCGAUGUGCGGGCACCAUCACACGGCGUCAAUGGAAAUCGAAGGCAAAGACCCACGCAAAGAUCAGAUCGGCUUUGUUGCAAGUCAUUGUCGUCACCAAUGCAUUCUGGCUUGCAUCGUGUAUGCUUCGACAUGUUGUACGUGGAAGUUUGCAACGACGUCUCUGGUACUAGUGCAUGUGCUGGCACGCUUCCUCUUCCCCGCAGAUGCGAACCAUGUCUAA